UCUGGCAUCCCAAUAAACCCUGGAGCCAAGGGGUCAAAGGUCUCUCACUAAAAAAACGCAUCUGUCCCUCUCAUCCCUGCACCCCUCUUCACCCUGUUCCCUAAUCCCUAAUCCACACAUUCUUACCCCAUCUUCAAUCUGUUCCACCUAGUUUCCCUCACAAAUUUCCCUUACAUCCUGAGAUAAAACCCCUCCCAACAAACAAGAUAUACUAGCAGCUGUACUUUUCAUGACGAGAAAGAAGCUCUUCAGCAGACCAUCCUAGACAUCUCCUGUGAUAACUCCUCUCACUCCCAGGCCUCACGAUGAUGUGCGAGGUGAUGCCCACCAUCUCAGAGGAUGGGCGAGGAGGAGGAGGGGGUGGCUCGUCCUCUCCGGCGAGUGGCACAGGAGGGAUGGGUGGUGGGAUGGGAGUCUAUGGAAGCCGAGAUCGUAGCAGUGGUGGCGGUGGUGGAGGAGGAGGUGAUGAAGGGGGAAGCACGGGCAACUUGGAGUCGUUAAUGGUGAACAUGCUGACGGAGAGGGAGAGGCUGCUGGAGAGCCUGAGGGAGACGCAGGAAAGUCUUGGGACGGCACACCUUCGCCUGCGAGAGCUGGGCCACGAGAAGGAGUCUCUGCAGAGGCAGCUGUCUAUCGCCUUGCCACAGGAGUUCGCAGUGCUGACCAAAGAGCUGAACCUGUGCCGGGAACAGCUGCUGGAGAGGGAAGAAGAGAUAUCCGAGCUGAAGGCGGAGAGAAACAACACACGACUGCUCCUUGAACACCUGGAGUGCCUGGUGUCCCGCCACGAGCGCAGCCUGAGGAUGACUGUGGUGAAGAGGCAGGCCCAGUCUCCCGCCGGAGUCUCCAGCGAGGUGGAAGUCCUGAAAGCCCUCAAGUCCCUGUUUGAGCACCACAAAGCGCUGGAUGAGAAGGUGCGGGAAAGACUACGGGUGGCGCUGGAGCGUGUGGCAGUACUAGAGGAAGAGCUGCAGUCUUCUUCCCAAGAGGUGGUGUCUUUAAGGGAACAAAUGAAACGAAGGCAGCAAGGACUAGACAAUGGCAAAGAGCGGCUUCCCAAUGGACCGUCCUCCAUCCUGGAUGACGGUGACAUCGACCGACAAAGAGAGGGCGAGCUCGAGCGGCAGAGGUCAGAGCUGGGACAGCUGAAGGAGAGGCUGGCUCUCAUGUGCAGACAGGUUGGUGAGAUCGAGGAGCAGCUCACAUCUGCCAGGAGGGAGCUGGCCCGAUCCGAGGAGGCCAAUCAGAAACUACAGAGGGAUCUAAAGGAGGCGCUUUGUCAAAGGGAAGACAUGGAGGAGAGAAUUACCACAUUAGAGCGCAGGUACCUGAGUGCCCAGAGGGAGGCGACGUCUCUCCAUGACAUAAAAGACAAACUGGAAAACGAGUUGGCCAGCAAGGAGUCUCUACACAGACAGAGCGAGGAGAAAAACCGGCAGCUUCAGGAGCGUCUGGACGAUGCCAAACAGAAGCUGCAGCAAACCCUGCAGAGGGCCGAGACGUUGCCGGAGAUCGAAGCCCAGCUUGCUCAGAGAGUGGCAGCACUCAACAAGGCAGAGGAGCGUCAUGGCAACUUUGAGGAGCGGCUGCGACAGAUGGAGGCACAACUGGAGGAGAAGAACCAGGAGCUACAGAGAGCGAGACAGAGGGAACGGAUGAAUGAUGAACACAACAAGCGUCUCUCUGACACGGUGGACAAACUGCUGUCCGAAUCAAACGAGAGGCUGCAGCUUCAUCUGAAGGAGAGGAUGGCUGCUCUGGAGGAGAAGAAUGCUCUAUCUGAGGAACUGUCCAAUAUGAAGAAACUCCAAGAUGAUCUGUUGGCAAAUAAGGACCAGCUGAUAGCAGAGCUAGAGCGUCUUCAGCUGGAGGUCGAUCAGCUUAGAGCUCGACCCGGAGGCUCCUAUUCCAGCCGCUCUUUGCCAGGCAGUGCCUUGGAGCUGAGGUAUUCCCAUGGAGGCGGGUCCCUCCCAGCAGGAUCUACCACUCACCUAGAUCACUUCGGUAAUGCCUCCAGUGGGGGUGUGGGCAGACGAAGCCACAGGGCCCGCUGGAGCACAGCCCAUGAGGACUCAAGCAAGUACCCAGACUGGGAGAGCGGGGCUCUGCUGAGAACUGGGUACGAGCAGAGCAUGGACGUGGGCUGCUCUGAUGACGAGGACGAUGGGGAGCCUCGUUUUGAACUUCUUUCUCCCAGUGGACAGACAGACGUGCAAACCCUUGCCAUCAUGCUGCAGGAACAGCUGGAGGCCAUCAAUAAGGAGAUCAAGCUGAUCCAGGAGGAGAAGGAGAACACAGAGCUGCGGGCUGAGGAAAUCGAGAGCCGGGUCAGCGUAGCGUUGGACAGCCCACCUAUACCUCCCUCCUCCUUGAGCAGAGACAGUACAGAAAGGGGCUUCAUCCCAUCAUCCAUCACAUCCUCCACACUGGCCUCCCCAUCUCCCCCCAGCUCUGGACACUCCACUCCUCGCCUGCCUCAUUCCCCAGCCCGUGAAACAGAUAGACAGAAUAACAGAGAGGACGACCGAUCCCUUGCUCUUCUCGACUCCACGCCUCCUCCAACUCCUCGUGCGCUGCGAUUAGACAGAAUGAACCUCACCCAUCCGGGCGCGAUGCUUGACGACCCCCGGGAGUUUCGCAGCCUUUCUGCAGAUGGCAGCAGCUCCAACAGCAGUCAAGAUUCUCUCCACAAGCCCAGUAAGAAGAAAAGCAUCAAGUCUUCUAUUGGUCGGCUUUUUGGGAAAAAGGAGAAAGGAAGGUUGGGCCAACCUGGUCGUGAUGGAUCUGCUUCUCUUGCAUCUACACCCUCUGAAGACCUCGGAUCUGGAGACACAAUGGGGAUAAACAAGACAGGAACUCUUGGUCCAGCAGAUAAAGACCGUCGCAGCAAAAAGAAACAUGAACUACUAGAAGAAGCUUGUCGCCAAGGACAGCCAUUUGCAUCUUGGGAUGGACCUACUGUUGUGUCUUGGUUAGAGUUGUGGGUGGGUAUGCCCGCCUGGUACGUCGCGGCGUGUCGUGCCAAUGUAAAGAGCGGUGCGAUCAUGGCAAACCUGUCGGACACAGAAAUCCAGAGGGAGAUCGGCAUCAGUAACCCGCUCCACCGCCUCAAACUGCGCCUGGCCAUCCAGGAGAUGGUGUCCCUCACCAGCCCAUCUGCCCCAGCCAGCACACGCUCUUCCACCAGUAAUGUGUGGAUGACUCACGCGGAGAUGGAGUCUCUGAAUGCUGCCACCAAACCUCCGGAGCUAAAGGAGUUCAGCUGGGACCAGAUACUGGCCUACGGUGAUAUGAAUCAUGAGUGGGUGGGUAAUGACUGGCUGCCCAGCCUGGGCCUACCCCAGUAUCGCAGCUAUUUCAUGGAGUCCCUGGUGGAUGCACGCAUGCUGGACCACCUAACCAAGAAGGAGCUGAGAGGACAGCUGAAGAUGGUGGACAGCUUUCACAGGGUCAGUUUGCAUUAUGGCAUCAUGUGCCUCAAGCGUCUGAAUUACGACCGCAAGGAGCUGGAAAGGAGGAGGGAGGAGAGCGCUCACCAGAAUAAAGAUGUGAUGGUGUGGUCCAAUGAGCGUGUGAUGUGCUGGGUGCAGAGCAUUGGUCUAAAAGAGUACGCAGAUAACCUCAGAGAGAGUGGCGUCCACGGCGCUCUGCUGGCUUUAGAUGACACAUUUGACUACACCGACCUGGCCCUGUUGCUGCAGAUCCCCAAUCAGAACACACAGGCCAGACAGGUACUGGAGCAGGAGUACAACUCUCUCAUCUCCAUGGGAACUGAGAGACGACCUGAUGAGGAUGGAACCAAGACGUUCACCCGCUCGCCAUCCUGGAGGAAGAUGUUUAGGGAGAAAGACCUCCGGGGCGUGACCUCAGACUCUGCCGAGACGCUGCCCGCUAACUUCCGUGCCUCAGCCAUCUCCACACCCUCAGUUACCCUGAGAAAGGUUCAGAGUGACGCAGCCUGCUCUGGUGCCCGGGGUGAAUCUGCCUCAGUGAGGACGUACUCCUGUUGAGCUGCUGAGGGUGUUGAAUGGAUUGGGACUAAAGGACCCUCUCGCUCAUCCACGAAGAACGAAGCAAUGACUUUACCAUUUAACCUAAAAGUAAACCUGGGAAUUCUGCAAUAACAGUAGCAAAGGACAAAAUGGGAAAAUGACAUGAAGAAUGUAUAAACUUGUUCUCAGAUUUAGAGGGUUGAAUCGGAUCGGCUGUUUUCUCUCUCCGUCUCUCCCUCUGUCUCCUGCGCUGUAGGGAGAUACCGCCGGCGUUGUUUAGGCCAGGGCAGGAUUUCUGUCGGCCUCUACACUCAGUCAGCAAAGGGCUCAUUUUCCCACCUGCAGAGUAAGAUCUCCCUGUGCCAUUUAUCAUCUUACAGUUUCAAACAUCAGAACCUCUGCUCGACAACAAGGGCCGGGCCAGAAACUGAACUUAUUGUUAUGUUUGGAUUUAGAGGGUGUUAAAACUGUAAAGUGAUUCUGGGAGAGAGACAGACAGAAGCGACACCGGCACUCCUUUUUUCGCUGGUGUGCAGUUUCAGCAAUCGUGGCCCUUUUUGUUGGCCUCUAUGGUCCCCACCAGGAUCGGGUGGUGUGGUAAAACAUGUCUGAAUUCAGACCAACAUUUAUGUCCUGCCACAUCAGAGGUCCAUUGUCUGUUGGCACCUUGAAAGCGGAUAGUGAUGUCUUUUGAAGGGGCAUCAAAGGAACAAAUCUGGAGGGGUAACAGCCGAUCACAUUUUGUCUGCGGCAGGAAACCAGCUUAAGCACUAAGGGUGCCACUUUGUCUCAAGAGACUUUUACAGGGUUCCUCAAAGUUUUGCUUUUAUGAUCCUUAAUUGGGUUUAUUUUGAUUAUUUAGACUCCACUCGUGCUGAGCACAAAUACAAAGCCUUCAAAUAAAUUUGCUUUUCACUGCAGUAGCAUAAUCUCAAACCAAAAAAUAUAGAAAAAUCCAAUAUUCCAUGUAAGUACAUUUAUUGAGACCAUUAAGUAAUAAUUAUUACAGCGAUAAGAUUAAAAUUCAGCUUUUCGAGACAAACACGCCUGUCUGCACUUCAUGCCCACUGUCAGGUUCAGUGAAGGAUCUGUGAUGCUGCGGGCCUGUUUCUCUUCCAGGGGUCCCGGGAACCUUGCCAGGGUGCAUGACACCAUGAAUUCUUAAAAAUAUAAAGAAAUUUUAAAUAAAAAAAAUCUGAUUACCUCCAUCAGUAAACUGAAAUGGGUUUUUAAUUAAGCCUUUCAUUCAACAAAUCCACACAUAAAUGAAUGUCCUUUUAAAUCCUCUCUUAAUGAUGCUAAUGUAAUAAAAGAUUAAUUUAUUUAAAGAAAUUUUACACAUCUUCACCAAGGGUGACUUUAGUUUUGGGGAAAGCUGUAGCUUUCUUUAGGAAACAAUCCUAAAGUCAAAGCAGAAAAACUCUUUCUGUUAUGUUAUAGAUUUAUGUUAGAGGUUCUAGUAAGUUUUAAAACCAGUUUCAGCCUUGAUAUAAAGAUAACAGAGCCCAUAAACUUUUAUAUAAGAAAAGAAAUAUAAUACAUUGUUGUAUUCAUUUUUUUCAGUACAAAGAAAUUUAAAGUGAAACAAAAAAUAUUUUUUUGUAUAAGUGACUUUAAAAAUGAUUACAGAUAGAACUAUAGUGAGGUAUUUACAUCCUCUAUACUAAGUAAUACGUUUACAGUACAUUCUGCCUAAACUAUCAGAAACUGCUAACAAAAAGACAUUUUAUUUUAUAUCAUUUUAACAUAUUUACAAAUAGUUUAUUUUCUUUAUAGAAUUUUGUUUUGGAGCUGCACUAUAGCUAAUGACAAGGCAUGUAUGGGAUAUCCUGGCCUUAAUGGUGACAUUUUAACCCUUAAAAUAAAAAAAUGCAUAAUCAUUGGAUAUAUUAAAUAUGCUUUAUUUAAUUCCAAAAGUAAAUGAAGCAGUAUUUUCUUAUUUUUACCUGUAGAUUGUUUGUCUUAGUGGGUAAAUAGGACGUUUUCUGUCACACUUGAAGUGCUUCUGGUGAUUUAGUUCAGUGGGUACCAAAGCUGGGGUCGGGGCCCCACCGGGGGGCAGGAAUCUUGUGGACCUAUUCAGAAAUUAAAGUAAAAUUAAAUAACAAAAAUACUUAAUAUUUAUGCUAGAAAUCGUAUAAGAGAGAGAAAAACAAUAACUUAAAAAUAGUUAAUAGAGAUAUAUUUACUGUUGGCGAGGUUUGUGCUGCCAUUAUGCCCCUGUAUACCUGACUGAGUUAUAGUUAACCAGUAGUUGCGGUUAAAAGUCUCUUUAAAACUGUUAUCUUGUUCAUCAGAAGCUGAAAUGUUUGGAACCACUGAUUUAGUGUUUGAACACCAAAGGUUUCUGUAAAGAGAAAGUUGACUCUAAAUACUCAACAUACCAAACACUACAAAAGAUAUGCUAGCUAUCUUACCAGUUUUACCUGGUAAGAAUCAAGACCUCCACCAAGUCGAUAUUAAGUUUCUGACUCAUCGGCUGGGAGCUUAUCCUGACAUAGAUGGAGCCGACAGAGAGACAAAACCAGCUGAUCCAAGAGGAUGAAAAGCAAAAACAUGGACGGAAGCCGGUCAUUUUACUACACACACAAGCCAUAACAGAAACGAAGAGCUCUCUGGGGAGGUGAGAUUACAGAGAGGGGAGCCUGAGGAAGCCCAGAAUACAAAACCUUUAGCCUCUGUGUUUACGAUGCAUGUCCAAUAACGACAAUGACCUAAAAAACAUUUUUUUUUGGUAGUGAAGAUGAUAUGAGGUGUCGUUAAAAAACUAUAUCUGUAUGAUAAACCUACAGGGUGGGUUGGGUUGUGGGGUCUGGGGCAACCCGGGGGAAUCAAAUUUGUAAGAUGUGUGUAUUUUUUUCAGUUGUAUUUUAUUAUUUUUUUUACGAUAACUAUUUAUUUUCUUCAGGUGUGUAUUGGAUAAAUGUAUGUACAUGUUCGGUUUUGUUCUUUACUUUGUUUGGACAAGUUUCAAGAGUAACUAUGAGACAUUGAGAAAUGUCAUUCAAAUACGCUGACGUAAAUGUAAACAUUUUGAGAACAAACUGUCCAAUGAUUUAACAGAUUUCCAUGAUUCCAGUGAUAGUAAAAAAACUGAAAAUAUCAUCUGAAAAAUAAAGAAUAAUAUUGACAAUGAUGAUGAUGAAAACGGUGAUGUAAAAUAAAACAAUAAAUAAGGCAAUCCAGGUGGAUUUGCUGAUAAUCAUACAA